AUGGAAAGAGCUUUAGAACGAGCUUUGGAGCAUGCGGAGCAUGUCAUUGAAUGUGCCAAGCAGAGCCCUUCUAAAAGAAAAUACUCAUUUAGUGGGGAAAAGUCUCUUUUUGAAAAACUUAAUGACAUAUACAAUCAAGAAUGUGAGAAAGAGCCUGAGAUUACAGAGGAAUUAAGAAGCAGUGUGAAUUUAUUGGGAAAACUUGUUGCAAGAGAGCUGUUGCCAUGUUUCGUGGUCAACUUAUACCCAGGAGAAGGGGGAUAUUCGUUGAUGCUCAAGGGGGAAAAGGGCUCAUCGUUUUCGGAGAUCAUUCGACUGCCUUACGAAAAACAGCAGUUGCUUGAGUACCUGGAUGCAGAAGAAGUGCCUCCCAUUUUGGUGGAUCUCCUGAAAGAAUCUCAGGUUAACAUUUUUCAUUCUGGCUGUGUCAUAGCAGAAAUAAGAGACUACGGGGAGUCCAAUAACAUGGAAACUCCUGGUUACCAAAGCAGGCACAUUCUCUUACACCCAACAAUGCAGACUUUAGUCCAUGAUGCACAGUCUAUAGCCAGUGAUCACCAGAAAUGGAUCCAGGAAGACAGGCUUUUGCUUGAAAGCCAACUGCUCUCAGCUACCACUGAACCACUAGGUCUAGAUCCUUCCAUAUCAGUAGCCUGUACUGCAAACAGGCUGCUCUAUGACAAGCAAAAGAUGAACACUCACCCAAUGAAAAGGAGCUUUGAGAGGUAUUCUACCCCCUCUCUGAAUGAGCAGGAGGAACUGUUUCAUUGCCCACCUCCUUUUGAGCCAAGCAUGUUGACUACAGACAAAAAAGUCAAAGAAAGUGGAUCAGGUCAGCAGCAUGAUGCCAUAAUUUCUAAAGCAGGAGAUUAUGUAGAUAUGUGGGAACAGAGACCCUGUGACUUGGAUGUACUUUCUGAACUGGAUGUGGAGAAUUACACUGAAGGGAAGAUGUCUGUCAAAUAUGAUGAUUCAGAACCAAUAGCCUGGCCAGCCUAUGAGGUACAUAAUGAUUCUCAAUUUGGAUGGGAAUCUGGCGGUCUGUCCCAGAAAACAAAGCUAUCUGUGAUGAUGUCAUUUAAUGAUCCAUUUAUCUCUGGAAAAAGUUCAUGUAAAAAAGUCAGAUGUGAGCAACAGAUGACUCCCACCAACUCCUCUACAGAUGACUACCCAAAUAGUUACAGGCCGGAGUCAAAGCAUGAUGCUGCGAAGGUAGUCAGGAAGUCCAAGAAAAUGGUCCCCCAAAACACCAAAUGUCCAGGCAAGAAAUCCCACAGCUACAGUGGCUCAGCUGGAGUCAGCCAACCUUUCACAGGCAGAGAAAAACAACAGCCUAAGACCAUAGCGGCUCAGUCUUCAGUCCAGAUGAAGGGAAUCACGGCGACACCUCCACCUAUCAGACAUCCAUCCAGCUCAGGCAAGAGCUCCUCAGCUAACAGUUUUCUUCCACAGAAGGUCAGCAGCUUUCUCCAAUCUCCUGAUCUUGCUCCUAAGCAACCAAGUCUUUCCAAGAAAUUGUCUGUGGGAGUGAAUGAAGUUAACACACUUCCUGCCACUGCCCUACCCACUGCCAGCUCAUUACAAAUAGUCCAAGCCACCCAGGUUCCUGCCAACAACACCGGCCUGAACAUCAUCGGAGACGGGGUCCUCGCUGGUGUAUCCCAGGCUGUGGUGAGAGGUCCCAACCUCAUGCAAGUCUCCAGCCUUGGGGUCCAGGGUGCUGUGGGAAUUCAGCCCUACCUCCUGCCCUCAGGAGCUUGCCCACCAAAUGCAGUGCCUGCUGCACUGCAGCUUUGUCAAAUAGGUACUCAGCUUUUUUUAAUAAAUGCUUUAGUUCUCAGUCCCAUAACUGUGCUCCAGCUUCCACCUGUACAAGUUCUGCACAUCCAGCAGUGGCCUGUGCAGCAGUGGCCUGUGCAGCAGUGGCAGCAGCAGCAAUGUUUCUAUCAGCUGGUUCCGCAGCAGCAGUUGCAGCAACCCAGAGCUCCUGCUCCCCAGCAGCCAGCGCCACAGAGUUCCAGCGCACAACACUCAGCUGCUCAGAAAACAGCCUCCGCUGCUCUGCCGGCUGUGGCCGUGGGUUGCCAUGGACAGGGACACUUUCUGCAGCCCCAGGGGACGGUGGUGCUUCAGGUUGGCCCCGGCCAGGGAAGACCUCAGCAGAGCCUUCCUCAGCAGGGGCCCCAGCAGCUCCAGCCCGUGGGGCCUAGGCCACCACCCCCAACAGCCUCCCAGCCAGCAGCUGCAAUGGACAAUCUUGGAGCAACCAGUGGCUGUGGCCACAAUGCCCGUCCAAAUAGUUCAGCUACAAGGCCCGCAGGCAGCAAGGAUCCUGAAGGUAAGUGA